AUGGAGACCAACCGGUCGCUCCGGAAUAUCAAAACCGAACUCGAGAAUCUCCUCGAAAAAGGCGUCAUCAACGAAGCAGUCUUUGACCAAAUCCACGCGGCUCUACCACAAGAAUCACCCCUCUCGGGACCUCUCCGCACAACAAACGGCAACGCAUCGACUGCCGCUCGAGAUAGUCCUGCCCCCGCCGCAAGCAGCACUACUUCUCCGUCCCCUCCCACGCAGCAGAUGCAGAAUAUGGGUAUAAACAACAGCAAUCCCACUGCUACCACGUCGCCUUCGCCAGGGCCGCCUUCAUACGACCAGACGCCCGCGCCAAGCUUACCCAGCCGUUCCGUCAAGCCCGUGCUUGCCCAUGCACGAGCCUUGUACCGUUAUGUCGCGUCUGAUAACCGCGAUGUGUCGUUUGAGAAGGAUGACAAAAUUUUUGUGCAUCAGUACAUGAAUCAGGACUGGUGGAUGGGCCAAAACACUCGAACCGGCCAGGAAGGCAUAUUCCCCAGGAACUAUGUUCUCGUUGAGCACGAGGAGCAAAAGUCUGCCCCAUUUGCUCCCGCCCCCUACGCGCAGCCUCAGUAUGGAUAUCCUCCUCCUGGGCAGGGUCCACCGCAACAGCAGAACCCCUACAACUCUAGUGUGCCGCCGAUGGCCGUCGCUGAGGGUGGACAACCUGCCAAUGGAGAACAGCAGCAGCACGGCGGAGAUAGUAAGGUUGGAGAGUAUGGUAAGAAGUUUGGCAAGAAGCUUGGCAAUGCUGCCAUCUUUGGUGCGGGUGCCACUAUUGGUGGUAAUAUUGUCAACAGCAUCUUUUAG